AUGACAUCUGUGAAGAAGGGGGUUCGCUUCAACCCCAGCGAGCACAUUGAUCCUGCUCCUCUCCAGCACCACCGUGACUGGAUGGAUCUCUGCCUUCGUACCUCGACUGCGAAGGUACUCGCCAUCUUCGGAUCAGAAGAUAAAGAGUACUUGACCAAGAAGUGGGGACAGCGGUUGGAGGAGUUGAAGUUGUGGGGCGCCUACCAAGGCUUCUCUCUCUGGAUACUGCGUCCCGAAGGUGACAACACUCGGGCGGAACGGCUUGUCCUGUUCCUUUGGCACCCUGAGUAUGUCACAAAUAAACAAAGUAUUGAGAUUGGGCGGAAGUACGACCUGGUCCUGCGCCUCGCGGCUCAGCUUGCAGGGAUUACCCGCACCCCUGGACAGAUCUCUCACAACAAGGACGACUGCACCAACAACGGAUCUCUCAAGAGAGCCGCCGAGGAAGAAGAUGGUGAAGCUAAAUUCGCCAUCAUCAAGCGUCGUAAGAUGGGCAAGAAUAAGGACCUCGAGACUGGCGACGAAUCUAGACAGGUCGACAGGCAGUUCAUCCCAAUGGAUGACACUCCUUUCGUCACCCAGGACGAUUUGAAGCGGAACAACAAGAGUGACAACAUCCAGAGGAGAACCAACAAGGCUCGCAAAGUGCAGGGCUCAGUUGACUCCACUGAAGAGUAG